GCGGCGGCGCCAUGUCCGUGAACAUGGACGAGCUCAAGCACCAGGUCAUGAUCAACCAGUUCGUGCUGACGGCGGGCUGCGCGGCCGACCAGGCGAAGCAGCUGCUGCAGGCGGCCCACUGGCAGUUCGAGACGGCCCUCAGCGCCUUUUUCCAAGAGACCAACAUCCCCUACAGCCACCACCACCACCAGAUGAUGUGCACUCCCGCCAACACCCCCGCCACACCCCCCAACUUCCCCGACGCCCUCACCAUGUUCUCCCGUCUCAAGGCCUCUGAGAGCUUCCACAGCGGCAGCCCGAUGGCGGCCACGGCCACGUCGCCCCCGCCGCACUUCCCUCACGCGGCCUCUGGCAGCUUCGCGGCGCCCGGCUGGCCCGCUGCGGCCUCGCCCCCGGGGGGCCCACAGCACCACCAGCCGCUGCAGCCGCCCCUGUGGACUCCGGCACCCCCUUCCCCGGCGUCAGACUGGCCGCCUCUGGCCCCCCAACAGGCCGCCUCAGAACCGAGGGCCCACCCGGCCAUGGAGGCUGAGAGAUAAGGGAGGCCCCUCCCCCUCCCGGAGGCCAGGACCCCUGGGGCGGGGGAGAGGACGUCUCUGCGGGCCCCUGCACCCCCCUCUGUUGCAGCCUCUUCCCCAGCCCUGGAGGAGAGCCCGGGCCCGAGCUCCCGCGCGACGCCGGGCUGCAGUCUGGGCGCCCAGCUUGCGUGGCCGCGGCCCGGUGGUCUGGGUGCUGGUGGAUGAACUCCAGAGACCAGACGACCUUCCCCAGAGGACUCGUGCUCGGGCCACAGGCCUCGCGGGGCACUGGGCCCGUCCUGUCCGGAGCGCCCGGGGCCUGGGCCGCGCCCUCGGGAGUGCAGAGCCUUGUCGCAUGUGCGCGUCGCUGUGUCUGUGUAUUUAUACGUACGUCGCUCUUCGAGAAGCAACCUAGUUCAUGGGCAGCUGGACUUUGCAUGCUAGAGUGAGCCCCCGCGCCCCUUGCCAGCCGCCCGGCUCCCCAGGGCCCUGCCCCUCUCCCUAGCGCCCCCUGUCGGCCGGCCUUGCUGUUCCCUGCAGAGAAAAAGAUGGUGGGAGACUCCAGGACUCUCCCCUCCCCCGGCUCCUGCCUGCUGGGGCUGCCUGCAUGCCUUCCCCGGUGCCCGGGGUGCCCCAUGCCCAUUUCUCCCCCCAACAAAGGAGAAGAAAGAGUCCCAAACCACCACCAGGCUCUGUGGUCUUGCCUCUGGUCCUGAGCUUUGCUGCCAGUUCUUCCCUGUGGAGGGCGAGGCCGCGCCGCUCCGCUCAGUCCUUGCAGCCACAUCGGCUCUGGUCUCCCUGCCCGCUGGCGGCUUUUCCUGUGGAGUUAGUUUCUGGCCGGUGUCCCAGCGUCCCGGCCUCCAUCUGCCCCCCUUCCCCCUCGCCAGGCUGGUCAGAUUUUGGCCUCCUAGUGGGCCUUCCCACCAUCGAGGCCUGAGGUGAGGCCAGUCUCCUCUGGAGGUCAAGGUAGUGUCAGGCUGGAAGGACUGAAGUGUCAACCUUCCCGUUUCAGGCCCUUGGGUGGGGCCGCUGGGGGGCAGGCACUCCCCUGGGGGGCUGGGUGCCAGCAGGUGUGGCUGCAGAGUCGGUGGGGCUAGCGGCCAGUCAGGACCAGGCCUGGGCAAAGGAGACAGGCCACAGGGACGGGAUGGACUGGAGGUCCCAGGCUGCUUCCCAGCUGGCCAGGGCAGACAUCUGCUGUAGCCCCAAGGGAGGAGUCCGCCCGCCCACCUUGGGGGAGUGGUCCCUGGAGCAGCCUGCACCCCCAGCAGGGCAGGAGGGUGGUCAGGGCCUGUGCUGCCGCUUCGCUCAACCUCACUCCAUGUAGGACAGCCUGACGGCUCGUGGCCCAGAGAGCCGCUCCCGCUGGGAGGUGCGCUCAACACUGCACAGAAUCCCUGGUGAGCCUGGGCUUUCUGAGCAGAUGCCCGAGUCAGGCGGAGCUCCACCUCACCCCUACCGCGGAGCCUGGCAGAGUGCUCCCAGCCUGCCUGGGACAGCUGUUGAUGCUGGUCACUGAGCUGCCAUCUCUGGCCCUCACCUUGAAAACUAGCAGGGCCCAGAGAGGGUGGAGGACAAGAUGAGAAAGGUGGGGUUUGGGCCUCCUGAAUUGUCACGGGGCUUCAUUCUUCUGGAGGGGAAGGCAUUCUCGGGAGUGCCACGCCCACUCGGGUGGUGGGAGGCUUUGCAGGGGGGCUGGGUUACCUGCUGUGGGGUGAUGCACCUGAGCAGUGCCAGCCGGCAGGUGAUGGGAUUGGGGUCCAGCACCGCAGGGGAUGGUGUGUGCUAAUUUGCACUCCUAGAAGCCCCCAAAUUAUCUAUACCCAAGAUAGUGUGGUCCCCAGGCCGGCAGCAUCACCCCAACUGGCUAGAGAGGCAGUCCCGGGGACCCAGUGGAGAAAUGCCCUGCACUGAGGUGAGGUUGGUUUCUCUUCUGGAGCUCGAGGUAAUCUCAGGCUGGAAGGACUGAGGUUCCUGUAGAGCCUGGUUAUCCAACAAGGGCGCUGCUGACCAGGUGGGGUGUCCCGCCAUGGCCCCAACCUGUGAGGUGUGAUAGCACCCUCAAGUUGUGAUGAAAUGUCUGGAAACCUGGCUAAAUGUCCCUGGGCUCUGCACCCCAAGUUUCUUACAGUGGGCUCACCCCAGAGUUUCCUUUGAGAUCUGUAAAGACUGGCCCUCAAGGCCCCAGAGCCCUGGGGGAGAAGUGCUGUGGUAGAAUCCUAGACGCGUCCCAGGGUGUUGGUGACCCACCUGGUGAACUGAACACCCCUCAACUGCACGUGAAAGGGCAAGCUCACAGAGGGUCACGACAGGUCAGCUUACGGGCAACCCCAGCACACGGCCUUUGGGGACACUAGACUUGGGGCCCCCAAAAUUAGGGAGCAAAGGGUCCCCUGCGUACUUGAGGCACCUCUUCUAGAACGGGACCCAGGUAUCGGUUUUUAUUCACUCCCCAGGUAAGACGAGCCAGGAGCAGCCUAGAGGGAGGGUGCGCGAGCUGGGCCCAGGUUCCCAGUGCUUCCCCCGUGGCGUGCAGGGACCCCAGGUCUGUGAGCCUCAAGGGUGGGAGGAGCCCAGACAGCCUAGAGGGGAGCCUAAGCUUGUGUGAGACCAGGAAACAAGCAAACCCCGGGGGCGGGAGGGGGGGGCUGCGGCCCCUGGGGGAGCCAGCCUCAUGCUGCAGUCUGGCCUGACUGCGGGACUUGGGCCCCGCUCCAGCAUCCACGAGGUUGUGCCAGGCGGGUCUUGGGCCACACAAGUCUCACUUCUGAAGAGGGGGGUCAUGCUGAGUCAGGUGGGGUGAAAGGCGGGCUCCCCAAGAAGAGGGUGUGUGCCCCUUGCUGUUGAAAGGCCCGCUGGUCUUGGUUUGCCGCCGCUGGUGUGCUUGGGUGGCAUUUGUGGCUCCGAUUUGUCUGCAACAUUUAUGAUCCAGGGGCUAAGAAAAGCUGCCCUUCCGGCUUAUGUAGGGAGCGUGUGAUAGGAGGCCCAGGUUCCCCCAAGGCCACAACAGGCUGAAGGGGACAUCAGGGUGGGGACACCCCCACCCCUGGCCACCACAGGUGCGUGGUCUACCUCCCCAGGAAACACAGGGCAGCACCGGAACACUGGGCAGGCGGGGCUCCUCUGGCAGCUUUAGAAGGAAGGGCCUGUUUGCCCACCAGGUGCUCCCUGGAAGAGGAGGGGCUGCUGCAGGGCUGCCAAGCAUCCCCAAGGCCUUCCCCGGGGUUCUCAGGAACGUGCUGUUCCUCAAGCCUGAGCAGGCGGGUGGGGCUUUUCACAGUCGCUGGCACCUGGAACAGAUGAGCUUUGACUCAGGCUGCUCCUGGGAGUUGGGGAGACCUGGGUUGGCCAGGGAGAUCCGUUGAGGCCAGGCCAUCUUCCACUCCGCAUGAGGGAAGGUCAUUGGUUGCUUGGCCACAGCUUACAUCCGGGAAUGUGUGUGUUUCAGGUGAGCCUGAAGAGAACUUAGCUCUUCUCAGGGAGGGUCUCCAGGGCAAGGGCCCACUGCCAGGGCAGCCAGGGCCUUGCCAGCGGCUUCUGCUUCUGGGGACAGCUCCCCCUUGGGGACACUGGCCGGUCCUCCUCUCCAGGCAGCGAGACCACCAGGGACAGGAGGGGGAGCAGAAAGAACCCACUGCUGGCUGUGUGCACCAAGAGGGUCUCUGCUUAGAGCCCCCAGAUCCGUGGGGAGUCACCAGGGGUCAGGCCAGCCAUGGUGGUGGUGACGGGCCUGGCGUGCUGACCAGUGUCUGAGGAGGGCCGCAGCAGUGCCUGAACGUCCCCUUUCCAGCUGGCGGCGCCUUCUGGAGCAGGUCUUACUGGCGCGACGUCUGCAGUCCUCGGUGGCCCUACCUACGGUUAAUGAGCCAGUAUCUUUGAAAGGGGAAAAAUGCUAAGUGACUCCUUGACGGGGGUUUAGGGGUGAAGGUGGUUACCACGUAGCAUGUCCGCUCUAGCACCGCCUUGGCAAGAGGCAGCCCCAUCCCGUCUGCCCAACUGGUACGUGUGCUCACAUAGCAGCCCAGGCCUCCUGCCUCCCUCCCCGCACGACACAUUCAUCUCGGCCUUAAACCUGCACGUUGCAGAGACCCCCUCACUCCCAGUGGGGGAGCCCCUCCCCCUCGAGGAGGCUGGACCUAGGCCCUUCUCAAGUUUACACUCUGCCUGCUCCCCAAGGCCUUCCUGCUGGGGUGACCAGGCCACCCUUCUGGGGCAGCUCCGGGCCGGAGCAGGUAUGCCUCCUGCCAGCCCACCCGCCACCAUCCUGAGCCAGGAUGCUGGCUACAGCCUGGCACCUUGGGGCCAGGCCAAAGGCAGGCUCCCCCCGGCCACCCCUCCCCCACAGAGACAGGAUGACCCUCCCCAGUGUGAGCAGCACCGUGGGGACCCACCUGCUCGAGCAGGGUCAUUUCUAACCUGAGGAGUGGCCAGGGCAGCAGCUUUGGGCCCAGUGGGGACUGGUGUGGGGUGAAGAGUGGCCCGGGUGCCCGCGUAUCUAAGGGCAGGGGCAAGUCCAAGCACAGCCUGGCUCGGGUCCAUCCCCCCUUCCCCAGAAUGCCCAGUCUGGCCGCACCGCCCACCUGCAGGGAGAGGUACGGAGAAGCCCGCUACAUGGGCGGCACCCGAGACCGGCCUGCCCACCAAGCCGGACCUGUCCCGCAGCCCGGGCAGCUCCAGCGAGCCUGGCCACGAGGCCAACGUGAUGGAGGAGGGGAGUUUGCUGCUCCUCGGCCACAGUGGCUCUGGGAGGCUGAUCCCGCGGGGCAGGCAAGGCCACCCUCUGCGGAGACACGGGGCCCAGCACCCGCAUCCACAGAAAAGCAAAAGAUUUUAUUGUGGAGAAGUUGCCAAAAAUAUUCCUGAGGCCGCAGUCCGAGCGCUCGGCCCAUGGUUGCGUGGACAGGUAAGUCCCCCAGAUCACCUUGGAGAAAGGAGAGAAGCAGGGCUGCGGGCGUGGCAGGGAGGAGCUGGGGGAGGGGUGCUCCUCCAGGGCGGCGCCCCGGCUCCCUCCCAACAAACCCCUUAUUCUGUCUUCCCAGGGGUCUCUGGCUGUUGGGGGUCACGCCUGAAAGCUGCACAGAGUGAAAUGUUCUUUCAGUCUUUGUGAACUUUGAUAGCUGUGCCAGGACGGCAGGCACCCCUGGACAGGCCGGGGGUGGGUCGGGAGGGGUGACUGGUCCAGGGGGAGAAGGAAGCCGGCGUGCCGGGCCCGGCAGCUCUGCCUGGAGCCUCACUGAAUGGCCAGGUGGGAACCCUUCAAGCUUAGGUCUGUUUUGGGCCCCGCCAAGGCCUGGCAUGGCCGCCAGAAAGACUUCACGCGGGCGUGCGGGGCCCAUCCCGGGCGACAGCGGUCCCCGCUCCCCGAGGACCAGCCUGGAAAUAAACAAUCAGACUUUUAAAUAGCCGGUUCCUCACAGCCGUCCCUUGUGGAAACCGCUGGCACGGAGAGCUGAGCGGAUGCACGCGGGCCCGCGAGCUCCCGUGAGGAAACUGGUCUUGGUGGAGAUAAUGGCUCCAAGGAAAAUGGGCACCGGCCGCAGCCGGGGGGCGCGGGUCCUCGUGAAAUCAUUUCGGCAAAAUAAAAAGGCAAGUGAUUGCUUCCAAAACCACCCUAGCGGUGCCGUGCUGGGAGUCGGUCAAGGCAUUAAAUUGGCUCAGCAGAAAAUUCAACCUGGGAAGCUGCCGUCUCGACGAGCUGGCGGGCGCGCUUGUGCCGUGCGUGUUUGGGGGCGGAGAGUUAAAAGGGCCACAGGUUCAAAUGAGUCCCUGUGGAGACCCCCCAUGUCCGGUGUCCAGGGCCCCACAUGUGCCCCAGGUUCAGGCCCAGCCUGGGGGUGGGGAGGGGGCGCAGAGCUCACAGUUUAGUGGGCUCCUCGGUGGGCUGGAUGUUGGUCCGGGUCUCAGAGCGCAGAGGCCUGGGGUGCCUGGCAGG